GUCAGCGUGACUUUAAAUAGUCUUGGAACUUCUAGAAGCUUUCUAAUUCAUGAGUACUUUUUGGGUUAAUGUUUGUAAUGACGUAGAGGAUGUGUGCGUCGAAAUUUCAGAGGUAAGAAAAAAUCACAACUUCUCAGAUUUAGCUAAGCUUUACUUUUCGUGGUCUUUUUAUCCCCACAAUAAUCAUUGUAGGUCAAGGUGAUCUUAGAACUUCGACACUAGCCUCCCAAACUCUGUCCACUUACCAGGUUUUCUGUCGCCAACCACUUUCUUCUUAACUUAACCAAUUCUUCUUCCUACACGAAGGUUCGAUUGUUUAUUAUAAUAAUACAAUUUGUACACUAAGUUUGCUUCAAACAGUUCUCCUUGGGACACACAGACGUCCCAGGAGACCUAGAAAAUGCGAAAGUUUUGGUAUCGAAUGAAUAUGGUUGUAGAGAUCUGAGUCAAGCCUUGUUAGAUUGGUGAGAAGCAAUGCUAAAAUACAUUUGAACGUAGUUUAUAUGUACAAAAAAUGCAAUGUUGUAAAGAGGUUUAAUGGCUGUUCGUUUGUUUGUUUUUAUAAGCUCUCCAAUGCAGCGAACGCAAUUGGGUCGAAUGAAACAGUCGCUGAUCAAGCGUCAAACACGUAAGUUACUUAGACAGCAUGAUUCUCUUGGUGGAUAUCUGCAUCAUGCUAUUAACAACUACUAAUUCUUCAAAUAUGAUAAACACUUUAGAAAUAGUUUCAAAUAACAAUAAAUUCAGGAGAACUCCAAUAGCCAUAAAUUUCACAAAAUAACAUCUUUUGUUACCAUAUUUACCCGUGUAUAAGUCGACCUUUUACUGCCUAAAAAUCGGUCCAAAAAAAAUUCUUCAAAUAUGAUAAACACUUUAAAAAUAGUUUUAAAUAACAAUUAAUUCAGGAGAACUCCAAUUGCCAUAAAUUUCGCAAAGUAACAUCUUUUGUUACCGUAUUUACCCGUGUACAAGUCGACCUUUAACUGCCUAAAAAUCGGUCCAAAAAAUCGCCCUCGACUUGUACAUGGGUCAAAAUCUGAGCUCGGUUACCAAGUUCCCACGCAGCGAGGCACUUUGUUUAUCGAGGCGUUUCAGAGUUACUUGAGCUUCUUUGGCGUUAAGCCUGUCUUCUAAACCUGCUUUGCAACUCUGCACAACGAUAAAGGUUCGUUAGAAAGUAGUAUGUUUGAUUUUGUAAGCUAAUUUCAAAAAUUGUGAAGAAAAUGCUGCUUACACGUGUCUCUAAAACACGCUAAAACGCUCGCGUACACGCAAUAAUAAACUUCACGUCCAAACUUGCUGUGAUUUUUUUCAUAUAACCAUAGUACCUGAAAGAAAAUUCUAAGAAAUAUAAGAUUAGUUUUUCAAGGAAAUUCUUGCCCAGGAAUAAGAAAAACCUAUUUUUGGGCUCCAAAAUGGGGGGUCGACUUAUACACGGGUAAAUACGGUACUUAUUAAAUUAUAGUUUACUGGUUCAGAUUUGUCCAUUAUUUAUAAUUUUUCACUGAUCAAAAUUUAAUUGUAAGUUCUAGUUAUUUUGGGAUUUCUCUGUAUUAUGUAGUAAAGUAGAUGAACAAAGUUUUAAACUUUUCUACUCCCCAAUAAAAAAAAGAUUGUUGCAUUAUAGCAGUUGCAUGGUCAGUUAAGUCAUUCUCUACAAACCCUAGUGAGGUUAAAAUGAACAUGUCAAUCAACAUUUCUGCAGGUUGGAAUUUUUUGUAAAACCUUUGUCUUUAAAAUAUAAUGCAGCCAAUGAAAAGAGUCGUAUCAUUCAGAAUGUUCUAGUCAAAAUAUUUAUAUGCUGAAAGCAAAACUUUUUUUUUUUGGUUUACUUCAAAAAUAAUUUAUAUUGUCACCCUUGCUUGUUUUAGCACUUGCAGUAUUUCUUUUAUCCAUGUGGGUGAAAUAAAAAAGAAUAAGAUUAAAUAUUAUAUGAGUUAAAGGUAUUAGUGAAUCAUUGUUUAAUCACAUUUUUGUUCAAGAUAAAUCUACUAUAAUAUGUCAUGUAAAUUAAAAGUUUUGUUGAUUUUGCUUGACAAAAUAAUCUUUUUUGUUUACAUCAAACUCUGGUGCUCAUGAAUAAUGUAUUUGACAAACCUACAGCAAUUUUUAAGCUAGUAUUACACUUCAAUCAGAUAGUGAUGCAUUAAACGAAAUAGAUCACGGAUUGGUUGUUUGUUUUCAGCCCUGGCAAUAUUGUGGAUUAUCUUACUGCCAGUGUUAUUGAUGAUUUAAACAAUGAAGUGGACACUGAAAUAAGGCAAGGACCACAAGUUGAUGGAAAUCAACCUUCAGGUAUAUGAAGCUUUACAAUGUGGUGAGACUAAGAGCCAAAUAGUAAACAGGCUCUAUACCAGGUUAAAAAGGGUGGGCUCAAGCAUAUUUUAAGAUCUAACUAACUUACUUAAUCUUCUUUGUGCAUCCCUCUACAUAAGGCCUUGAUUAGGGAAGGCUAUUGAUAUCUGUCAGUUGCCAGGUGGUCAAACUGCCCUCAUGUCCAGCCUCUAUCCCUCAUUUCCCUUUCUGCAGGUCUCCUCUAAGUUUUGAGUGACAAACAUAUGGGAGUCCAUUAUAAGCAUGCACCUGUGACUCUGAGACUGGCAGUUUCUUUUUCACUUUUUCCAUGUUUUUAUAUCACAUAUGCCAUACCUUAAGUGUGAGAUGUCAAAUGGCUUUUCAGGGAGACAUAUAUUUGGAUAGGGAAAACUAACAAUGAACCAAAUGAGCCUAAUCUUCUUUGGAAUAACUUUUGUUCAAUUACUUCUGGCAUAACAUGUAAACAAUUACAUCUAGUUAAUAAUAAAGAAAAUUUUUUGACUCUAUUUGAAUUUAAAGGAAGUCUUCCUAUAUUUAUCUAUAUCUAUUUAUUUAUUUAUCUACUUUUUAAAUGUUUUGGUUAACUUAAGGUAUUUCAACAUUUGUGAUGUUGUUAUCUCAUAGUUCACUCUAGGCAUCAAUCAUCAACAGAUGAAGAUUUGUUGCCAAAACAAGCACAAGAUGUGGAAAAGGUACUUUAAGUAUUGCAAGUGUUAGAUAGUAAUGUCUGAGACCUAUAUGAUGAGGAGAAAUUAUGUAAAUGUGUAGGCCAUAUGCAUGCAAACCUAAGAUGAAACCAACUCAUGCUUGUAGCUUUUUAGACAGAUGUAGGCUAAUGAUUCUUAAGCUAUUUAUUUGUAAUGAUAUUAAGUGGUAAAUGAUCAAAUUUACUUUUGAUAGAAAUGUUACUUAAUUUUUCUUUACUUAAUCAAUAACUUAAUUGGCCCGAAAUAGGGCUGUUGUUUUUUUGUUGAAAGACAAAUCAAGUUUUACCCUUAAGAUUUUAUGAACUUUUCAUUCUUUCAUUCCAGAAGUUCCAUCAUUAUUGUUGCAUUUGUACAGAAUACGUGUAUGUUCUGGUGAAUGGAUGCCACCAAAUAGCAGCACAUGAAGCAUGUGUAGAUAAAUGUGAUUCGAACCAUACAGUCUGGAACUGGUGAGUAUAAAAACAUUGAUUUGCUGAUUGAUUCAAAAUUGCAAAUUUGGGCUGAAAAUACAGAUGCAAAUAUUUAAACAUAGUGAUUCAACUGUUCUUAAGGGAAUGAUUGUUCCAGAGUACAGUACUCAUGUCCAUGUUUAUUGAACAUUUGGCUUGUAUACAUAGAAACUUAACAUACCCAACAAAACUGUGCCCUGACAUAUCAACAAUGACCAGAUCUUUAUUAACCUUCCACGGGCUUCAAUUCCAUUUUCAUAAGGUAAUGUAAUCAUGUUCAUGUCCAUUAUAAUUGAAGUCAUGGACAUGCCAAUCAGCUACAUUAAAUUGUGUAUUUUCUUACACUUUGAAGUUUAUCAACUGGCAUUUUUAAUUAAAGUUUGAGUAUCAGCUGAGUAUAAAUUUGAGUCAAGAUAAAGUAAAAUCAGUUUGAGUCAAUGAAGAGUUUGAGUAAACCAAGUUUGAGCUAGCUGAUACUGAUGAAAUGACUGAAAAAAUGGGGUGAAACUCAAGGGAUAUCAGACUUUGUUCAAGGUAGCAGAGAGUAUGAGUUAACCAGAGUUAGUGUGGUUCUUUCUUCUUAUAUCUCUUGAGAUAUUUAGUCUUAUAGAUCUCUUUCUUUUUCUUAUUGUCUUUGUCAUUUUGAGCAUGUCAAUAUUGUUCUCUUCUGUAUCGACAAAUUCUCAAAAAAUACUAUAGAUACCAACAACCAGAAUUAUUUCUUUGUGGUAGUGCUGGGUGAAAAUUCAGGGGUCAUGGAAAUUUCAGUUAGGAGGAGGAAUGGGGUUAAAAGUCUUACAAUUUUUUGUAAUAGUUGUCCAACUUGACAUCUCACUCAUGAGCUGUCAAGAUAAACACUUGAAGAGAAAUUCCAUAUCUACGCACGCCCAUGUAUUAUUCUCUAUUUACUAUAUAGAUACUGAUGAAAUACCUUGAUUUUUCCUUUUACUUAAAAAAUCAUAUCUUCAUCACGCGGUGAAGAUACUAUUUUUAUCUUUAAUGUGUAAGGAUAUUGGUGUGUCACCAUGGUUACUAACAUGAUUAGCCAAUUACAAGAGAGAUUCCCGCUCAGGCGCUCAGCCGGUUCUUUUCAAAUUUCAUUCACAAAAUGGCUUUGAGGUGUGAAGACGGUACAGUUACCGAUGACUUUCUGGAUGAGCUGCCAAAUUUUCACAUUGGUACUUUUUCCAAGCUCUUCAUAGCAUUUUGGUUACAGGCAUUUGUGAUAGGUGACCACUUUAAUUGCACUAUUUUGCUGUUUUGAAAAUGGUUUAAAGACUUAUCUUUCAUGUGGGACUUACAUCAGUAUCUAUAAAAUAAACAGAACAUUAUAUGGCCACUUGGGGUACAAAUUUUAUCUUCUCAUGCUGAAAGUAUCUCUCACGAGUGAGUGAAGCAAACAAGUGAGAGAUACUUUCAGUACUCAAAGAUAAAAUUUAUAUCCCCGUGUGGCCAUGUAGAAUGUAAAAUCCUCUACUUAACACAUGAUUUUCAUAUCAACAGUUUUCAGAGAGACAGAACUGUCAAGUGGAAUGAUUAUCCAGGUAUGAGGACUAUUCCAGGAAAUAAUUUUUUUUUCUUUUUUACUGAGCCAUAGAGACAGAUCUUAUUGGAAUUUUUACUUAGUAUUAUAUUUUUUAAACAAAACAACACUAGGCUGCGAAAUAGCAAAAGCUUUCCAAGAUUUUUUAUUAUCUUCUGAAUUGCUGUUCUCUGAAGUGUUUAACUAAGAAAGCCUGAAACUUUCCAUUACACUGUUUAUGAAAAAGGAAUAUCAAAUCUCAAAAAUGCAGCCUGAUCAAACUAACAAAUGCAACUUGAGGUAGCUUCUUUAUUCCCCAAGAAACUGAAGUUCUAAUUUGGUCCAUAUUUUCAAAAACCAUAUGUUCCAAGAUGACCAAACAAUUAUGUUUUUGAUGCAGUUUUUAAGUGAAUUUCAUUGAGUCGUCCCUUUUUGUAGCUGAUGCUGUCAUUUUCCUUGUAGAUUUCUAUUAUGUAAAUUGCUCUGUUUUCAGGAAUCUGUUCAUGUAACUAUUGAAAAUUGAAUCUGCAAACUCUCAAACCCCUAAUAUAUAAUAAUAAUAUUAUUGUGACUAGCCUAUAAUUUCUCCUUACAAUGUCACCCCUGGAUCACAUAUUUAGGUCAGGAAUAUAGAGAAAAUGAUUAUCGACUAAAGAAUCUCUUAAUUGAUAAACAAAUUCUCCUUGUCAGCACCUUGGGAGAUGUAUGAAGAACAGUAUGGAGAAUAUGCAUACUGAUGUUAGGGAGUUGAAGAGUUUGUGAUAUCAUUUCUUGUUUUUGUUUAACACAGCUGCUUCAACAUCAGCAUCUUAUGGACCCUCAUCUUAUGAUGAUAACAAGGUAUGAUUUUUGAAAUUCUGCUUUUGUUGUAAAUGGUUCAGUUAACUGUAAAAAGGGUAUUGUUUAAUUGCAACCAGCAGAUAUUUUUUUCAAAAGUGUUGAGUGACAAGAAACUAUUAUCACUAGCUAAAUGUAACAACGGGGUAAUUUAGUGUUAUCAACUGAGUUGACAACAUAAAUUGGCAACUGUUAAGAGUUUUGAAGUUGGUGUUUCAAGCAUUAGCCCCUGGUCCUCUGCUCUGACAAAGGGCUGAUGCUCAAAACGUCAGCUUUAAAACUCUUUAAUUACAGUGGCCAAUUUAGGUUAUCAACUCAGUUGAUGAUGAUAAAUUACCCUGUUUUACUUUCCCACAGAUGCAGCACCACAGUUUCUUUAGUAACUUACCCCUAUACCCCCUUUAUUUAUUUGUAUCAACGCUAUAAUUUUUUAUAGAGGGUGGGCGGGGGUGAGAGGGACUGUUAAGCUUGAUUUUUACACUCUUUCAAAAAUUUGAACUUUGUACCUUAGUGAAUAUAUUAUUAUUCAAUUUUAAAAUCAUUUUUUGUUCUCCCUUUUGAUGAUGUUUAAAUUUAUGAUGUUUGUUGGUAAUGUUAGGUCAUCAUAUCAUGGUUAAUCAUAAUUUUGUGCUUACGUAGCCUAUCUUUCUUUCAGAGGUUGUCACUGGUUUGUGACCUUUGCAAGAAAGAUGUGGUCAUCAUGAAAUUACUGUGCUGCAAUGGUGAAUACCAUGAGGAUUGCCUCAAUCAGUGUAAAGAACGGAAUUUUAAUAAAUGCCUCUACUGCCGGUGUCCUAUGCAAGAGGGUGGCAGAAGAAAUGGUGGUGGAGAAGAUUACUGGUACCUUUCAAUUCAAGAAGAAUUAGGUAAGUUGAUGUCCUUCUUAUUAAAAAUUUUAUUUACAUGUGAUGAGGCUAUAAAGUCCUUGUCUGUUGGUUUGGAAGCAUAUCUGAUGUUACAAGGCUGGAAAAAUCUCGGAGAGCAUGGCAGAAACUUAUGCAAAUACUGAUUUCUUCUGACUAUACUUUUUAAAUUUUUCUUCUUUCUUACAGCUCAGUAUGGAGAUGACCUCCCUGAUGGAGCUUUGUGCUAGUCUUAAAUAUUUCAAGACUAAAACACUUUGCAGUGAAACCACUCAGCUGCACCCUACUAAUUUAAUUACGCAUUAGUUAUUAAGUCUCAUUGUACAGUCAGCCUUCACCAUGUUUAGUUGUUCGUUUUCGUUUUUGUAUAAAUUUAGAGCUGUACUUGCAUACUACCUAACUAACUGUGUAUAACAUGUCAUAUCAUAAGAUACCCUAAAACCUCAGGGGUGGCAUCAUUGCCUUGGUUGGGGGUACACGUUCCCCG